CUGGCCGUGGCCCUGCCCCAGCCCCAGCCUCUGCCCCCUCCUCCUCCACCUCCUCCUCCUCCUCUCCGUCCCUCAGUGCCCCGGGUGUCAUUGGACUGGGGAGACGCCAGCCAACUUCUGGCUGCUCGGAAGAAGCUCGUGCAGUCACCUGGGUGCGAGAGCGUUGCUGCUGGGCUCUCCUGCUGCAGGGAGAGCGGCACUCGCUGGCCUGGAUGUGGUUCUCUGUGAGGGGGCUCCGCAGCGGGGGUGUCGUGGCGUAGGCGAGCGCUGCAACAGGUAGACGCGAAGAGACGGACCCCGGCCGAGGCAGCUAUGGAGACCAAAGGCUACCACAGUCUCCCGGAAGGUCUAGACAUGGACAGGCGGUGGGGUCAAGUGUCUCAGGCUGUGGAGCGUUCUUCCCUGGGACCCACAGAGAGGACUGAUGAGAAUAACUACAUGGAGAUUGUCAACGUAAGCUGUGUUUCCGGUGCUAUUCCAAACAACAGUACUCAAGGAAGCGGCAAAGAAAAACAUGAGCUACUCCCUUGCCUCCAGCAGGACAGCAACCGUUCUGGGCUUUUAACAUCUGAUAUUAAAACCGAGCUGGAAUCUAAGGAACUUUCUGCCACCGUGGCCGAGUCCAUGGGUUUGUACAUGGAUUCCGUGAGAGAGGCCGAUUUCUCCUACGAUCAGCAGCACCAAGGAGGCACGAGUCCAGCGAAGAUUAGCCAAAAUGUGGACCAGCUGGUGAAAUUUUACAAAGAAAAUGGCCAUCGACCUUCCACUCUCAGUGGUGUGGGCAGGCCCCUGCGAUCGUUCAUGUCUGACUCGGGGAGCUCUGUGAACGGGGGGGUCAUGCGUGCCAUUGUGAAGAGCCCUAUCGCUGGGCACGAGAAGAGCCCAUCCGUGUGCAGCCCGCUGAACUUGAGUUCUUCGGUCUGCAGCCCUGCUGGAAUCAACCCCGUGUCCUCCACCUCGGCCAGCUUUGGCAGCUUCACAGUGCACAGCCCCAUCACCCAGGGGACUCCUUUGACGUGCUCCCCUAGUGUCGAAAACCGAGGUUCCAGGUCACACAGCCCAGCACAUGCCAGCAACGUGGGCUCGCCUCUCUCAAGUCCAUUGAGUAGCAUGAAGUCCCCCAUCUCCAGCCCUCCGAGUCACUGCAGCGUAAAAUCUCCAGUCUCCAGUCCCAACAACAUCACUCUGCGAUCCUCCGUGUCCAGCCCCGCAAAUAUCAGCAACUCAAGGUGCUCAGUCUCCAGCCCUUCGAACACCAACAACAGAUCCACGCUGUCCAGCCCCACGGCCAGUACUGUGGGGUCCAUGUGUAGCCCUCUAAACAAUGCCUUCAGCUACGCCCCAUCAGGCACCCCUGCCGGGGCCGGGGCCGCCCGGGAUGUGGUUCCGAGUCCAGACACACACGAGAAAGGUGCUCCAGAGCUUCCUUUCCCUAAGACUGAGGAGGUGGAGAACGCCAUCUCCAACGGCAGCUCGGGCCAGCUUAACAUGGUCCAGUACAUAAAGCCAGAGCCUGAUGGCGCCUUUGGCGGCUCGUGUCUAGGAGGAAGCAGCAAGAUCAGCUCAGAUUCCCCGUUCUCAGUACCCAUAAAGCAAGAACCAACCAAGCAUUCGUGUUCAGGCACCUCCUUUAAAGGGAAUCCCCCAGUAAACCCAUUUCCAUUUAUGGAUGGCUCUUAUUUUUCCUUUAUGGAUGAUAAAGACUAUUAUUCUCUGUCAGGAAUUUUAGGACCACCGGUGCCGGGCUUUGAUGGGAAUUGUGAGGGCAGUGGGUUCCCCAUGGGGAUUAAACAAGAACCGGACGAUGGGAGCUAUUACCCCGAGGCCAGUAUCCCGUCCUCUGCCAUUGUGGGGGUGAAUUCAGGUGGACAGUCUUUUCACUACAGGAUCGGUGCUCAGGGCACCAUCUCGCUGUCACGAUCCGCUAGAGACCAGUCGUUCCAACACCUGAGUUCCUUCCCUCCUGUCAACACCUUAGUGGAAUCCUGGAAACCACAUGGUGACCUGUCAGCUCGACGAAGCGACGGAUAUCCCGUCCUUGAAUACAUUCCAGAAAACGUGUCAAGCUCUACUUUACGAAGUGUUUCUACUGGAUCCUCAAGACCUUCCAAAAUAUGUUUGGUGUGUGGGGAUGAGGCUUCAGGAUGUCAUUAUGGGGUGGUAACCUGUGGCAGCUGCAAGGUGUUCUUCAAAAGAGCAGUGGAAGGGCAACACAACUAUCUAUGUGCUGGAAGAAAUGAUUGCAUCAUUGAUAAAAUUCGACGGAAGAAUUGUCCUGCCUGCAGACUUCAGAAAUGUCUUCAAGCUGGAAUGAAUUUAGGAGCUCGGAAGUCAAAGAAGUUGGGAAAGUUGAAAGGGAUUCACGAGGAACAGACGCAGCCACAGCAGCCCCCGCCCCCCCCCCCCCCCCCCCAGAGCCCCGAGGAAGGCACCACAUAUAUUGCGCCCGCCAAGGAGCCCCCGGUGAACUCGGCGCUGGUGCCCCAGCUCUCAGCCAUCUCCCGCGCGCUCACGCCGUCCCCUGCCAUGAUCCUGGAAACCAUCGAGCCGGAGGUGGUGUAUGCAGGCUACGACAGCUCGAAACCAGACACUGCUGAGAAUCUGCUCUCCACGCUCAACCGCUUAGCGGGCAAACAGAUGAUUCAAGUCGUGAAGUGGGCAAAGGUACUUCCAGGAUUUAAAAACUUGCCUCUUGAGGACCAAAUUACCCUAAUCCAGUAUUCUUGGAUGUGUCUGUCAUCAUUUGCCUUGAGCUGGAGAUCGUACAAACAUACGAACAGCCAAUUUCUCUAUUUUGCGCCAGACCUCGUCUUUAAUGAAGAGAAGAUGCAUCAGUCUGCCAUGUAUGAGCUCUGCCAGGGGAUGCACCAGAUCAGCCUCCAGUUCGUCCGCCUGCAGCUCACCUUUGAGGAAUACACCAUCAUGAAGGUUCUGCUGCUGCUCAGCACAAUUCCAAAGGACGGCCUCAAGUGCCAGACUGCAUUUGAAGAGAUGAGGACAAAUUACAUCAAAGAACUGAGGAAGAUGGUGACCAAGUGUCCCAACAAUUCUGGGCAGAGCUGGCAGAGGUUCUACCAACUGACCAAGCUUCUGGACUCCAUGCAUGACCUGGUGAGUGACUUGCUGGAGUUUUGCUUCUACACCUUCCGAGAGUCCCAGGCGCUGAAGGUGGAGUUCCCCGCGAUGCUGGUGGAGAUCAUCAGCGACCAGCUGCCAAAGGUGGAGUCCGGGAACGCCAAGGCCCUGUACUUUCACCGGAAGUGACGCCAGUCAGCAAACCAGAAGAACUUUGCCUUAAGUUUCCCUGUGUUAUUCCACACCCGCGAAGGACCCAAGAAAUCAUAUUUUUAACAUGUGACGGUUGAUUCUCACCUGUUCAGCAGUUUCUCAAGUUUAAAAUCAUGUCAAGGGUUUGGAGCCGGGAAAGCAAUUUGACGUGGAUUUGGCGACACCCCAGCGGUCUAUGGACUCACCCCUCUCCAAUCCCAGCGCUUAGAAACUCGUUCCUGCUCCUCUGGAUGAAAAGCCAUAUCUAGUCAAUAACUCUGAUUUUGCUAUUUUAACAGAUGGAAGUUUUAACUAUGCCAUGUAGUUUCUGGUAUCGUUCGCUUGUUUUAAAAGGGUUCAAGGACUAACGAACUUUUUAAAGCUUACCCUUGGUUUGCACAUAAAACGUAUAGUCAAUAUGGGGCAUUAAUAUACUUUUGUUAUUUAAAAAAAAAAAACACAAAACAGAAAAAAAUAUAUCCAGAUACCUGUUGUGUAAUAACAGAGCACGCGGCGUGGACUAGCGUCUCCGAGGCUCCAGUGCCCACGACCCUCUGCAUCACUGGUAUAGACACCCCGUAGCGGCCAUUUAUUAUUUAAUUAGAAUGGAUAAAAGGUUGAAACAAUUGCCUUGGUUUCAAUUUCUAGUAUCUAUUGUGUUGGCUUUACCAAUAAUUUUUUGCAGUCUUUUUGCUGUGCUGUACAUUACUGUAUGUAUAAAUUGUGAAGGACCUGAAAUAAGGUAUAAGGAACUUUUGUAAAUGAGACAUACAAAAAAAAAAACUUUAAUGGUUAAUAGGAUGAAUGGGAAAGUAUUUUUGAAAGAAUUCUAUUUUGCUGGAGACUAUUUAAGUACUAUCUUUGUCUAAACAAACAAGGUAAAAAUUUUUUUUGUAAAGUGAAAUGUUCUGCAUGCAUCACGAACCGUUUACAGUGUAUUUAAGAAGGGAAAGCUGUGCCUUUUUUAGCUUCAUUAUCUAAUUUACCAUUUUACAGUCUCUGUUGUAAAUAACCACCCUGAAACCUCUGCGGUUGUCUUUAAGCCUUUCUACUUUUCUGUACCUUUGUGUUGUCCUGGGUCUCCCGCUGGAGGUGUGCAGGCGCCGUCACACAGCAGGCCAGGCUCUGCUUCAUCCUACUUCCAUCGGGGAGCAAGGGCCGGGGGGCCUCGCAGCGCCCCGAGGUGGCACGUGACAGAACGCAUGUGCAGGCAGCCCCUCGGGGUGCCGCCCCUUUUCCUUGUUCCUCAAGGGGCAGAAUCAACCUGAAGGGAGUGAGACUUGCAAAGCCCACAGCUCAGAGAACACAUCCUCAUCCCAUUUUAGAAAACAAUUUUCUCCUUGGAGAAACAAAAACCCAAUGCACGCUAGGUCUGUCUGAGGUGAGCAGGGCACGUCUGGGCGGGGAAGGGGCUUUGCACUCCUGGGACUGGACACACAGGCCCUGUGUCGCCCUGGGGACAGCCAGCCAGCGUGGAGACCACACAACUAGAGGGUUUUUAGAUUUUUCAAAGGUAGGUUUUAAAAACAUUUUAUACAUGAACAGUUUUGGGGGGGGAAACCCUGAAGAUCAUAUAAGCAAGACAGUGGCACUAAAAAUUUUUAAUUCAUCUGUUUGGCACGGAUGCAAUUUAUGGCUUUUCUCUUGCCCCAAAUCAUAAACCUGUGUGUCUUUGGGGAAACUUUAACAAUACAGUUGCACUAAAUAAAUGACUCUGAAUAGAGCCCAAAUUAAUCUUUGAAACGUGAUGAUAAUCAUCAGGUUCUCAGUGAAAUCAGAUUCUUUUCCAAACCUAAAAGCUGUACCUGGAGGAGUCCGAGGCAGGGAGAAGGCCGCGCUGGGAUCGAGACUUUCUCCAGGCUCACCACGCAGGCAACUCGACCUUGUCUCAAAAGCACCUGCCUUAUGCAAGGAGAAAGCACUCAGAGGGAGGAGUUUUUCUUACAUAAUUUGCAACUUCAGGAAUUUAAUUUAUAGGCCGAUCUUUCAAUGCAGUCAACUUACAUGCACAGCAUAGGAAAGCCACUUGGAAGGUGGUAGGCAGCAUGCAGACUGGGUGUUUCUAGAACAGAAACAGCUUACAAGAGCAACACUGCGCUCAGACUGACGACGUCACGAGGUCUGGAAUGGAGGCUGUCUGCAUCAGCUUUUUGUAUUAACAAAGUUACUGGCUCUUUGUGUGUCUCCGGGUAACUUUGCUUGAUUAAACAGCAAAGCCAUAUUCUAAAUUCACUGUUGAAUGCCUGUCCCGGUCCAAAUUGUCUGUCUGCUCUUAUUUUUGUACCAUAUUGCUCUUAAAAAUCUUGGUUUGGUACAAUUCAUAAUUCACCAAAACUUCAUAUAAUUAAAAAAAAACACUAAAUUAGUUUAAAAUGAAGCAAUUUAUAUCUUUAUGCAAAAACAUAUGUCUGUCUUUGCAAAGGACUGUAAGCAGAUUACAAUAAA